AUGGACACUCACGGCGUCUCCGAGGAGCCCCAGUACCUGAAGUAUCUGGCUCAGCAUAAAAAGACUCUCCAGAAUGCCCAGCAUUUCAAGGGUCAGCGUCCCAAGCAAAAGCAAUCCCGAGAUGAACUGAUUACGGAGUUCAUGCUACGACAGACGUCGAGCAAGAAUAUGACUCCUGAUAUCCAUGAGUUCACUAUUCGCUCGUCUUUCCUUCCCCCAGCCUACGUUCCCAGCAUCGCCCCAUUCCGGGAACUCAACAAGGUCAUGGUCAAAGAUCUUGUUCUCGAGACACAUCACCGCGGCUCAUACCUACUUCUGAGAACAGUCACCCCAGCGGACAGAAUGACUGCAAUCCUGGCCAUUGUGGAGGAUGAAGAAGGCAAUGUUUUGGUCCUUCAGCUGUACAACCAAGACCCAUCGCUUGCUGCGGAGGACAUACUUAAUGAGGGAAGAGUGCUCCUUGUUAAGGAACCGUAUCUCAAAGUGAUGGCUGACGGGGGCUAUGGAAUACGAAUUGACCACCUCUCCGACAUCAAGUUUGUCCCAGGAUAUGACAGACUGGUUCCUCCAUCUUGGCGGAAGCGGCCUGGGAAGAUGGAAAUCUUGAGAAUGUCUGCUCACGAUUGGCGGGUAGUGGGCAACGACUUUUUCAAUAAGUCCGGGUAUCAAUCGGCUGUUGACUGUUACUCCAAAGCUUUGGAGUAUUUCCCCUUAGAGGAUGAGGCCUUCACAAUCAAGCUAAACCGUGCUCUUGCUUUCCUCAAACUUGACCAAUUUGAUGAUGCUCUUUGCGAUAUCCCAGACCCCAAGAUGUCUGAGAAAGCUCUGUUCUGCAAAGCUCAGGCACUUUGCCGUCUCCGGAGAUACCGAGAGUGUUGCGAUGUCUUCAGGAUUAUUUGCCAGAAAUACCCUGGAAACAGUGCCGCUAGCAAGGAAUUCACGCGAGCGAUCAAGCGCCUUGCAGAGCAAGCGAACGGCAGAUAUCCCUUCAAGCAGUUGCAGCUGGAAGCGGCAAAGCUUCGCCCACCACACUUGGACCGUGCGACAUACAUCGGCCCUGUCUCUGUUAGGUCUACCAAUGCUCAUGGACGAGGCUUGUUCACGACCAAGGCAGUCAAGGCCGGUGAUAUUCUGCUUUGCGAGAAAGCUUUUGCGCAUUCAUUCGUCGAUCACAUCGGCUUCACUCGCAGUGCAGUCAUUCUGAUCAACCCGGAAACGAACCGUGUGACUCUUGGUGGUCAGGCAGAGCUCAUCACCCUGAUUGUUCAAAAGCUUUACAAAAAUGCGUCCUUGAUACCGGUUGUCACCGAUCUCCACCGCGGUUCCUACAACUCUCUCGAGGUCUGCGAGGUGGAUGACGCGCCUGUGGUGGAUACCUUCCUUAUCGAACGAAUCGUAUCCUUGAAUGGCUUUGGCUGCCCUGUCUCCUCCCGCAAGUCUCACAUCAGCCUUAUGACCAACCAAAAGGUGGAAGAAAAGUUCGACUCUUGCGGUCUUUGGCCUAUGGCUUCUCACAUAAAUCAUUCCUGCUGCAGUAACUGUCGAAGGUCGUUCAUUGGAGAUAUGAUGAUUAUUCGAGCUACCCAAGAUCUCGAGCCCAACACCGAAAUCGUCUUUUGGUACACUCCGCCUUUUGAGGACAACCCUGAUAAGCAACCCGAUCUCGAACACUGGGGCUUCAAGUGCAGUUGUGCUAUAUGUCAAGACAUCCAAGCAACGCAGAAGAUCACUUUGAUCAUGAGAGACAGACUGCUUGCUGACCUGCGGAAAUAUUUUCAAUCUUCCAAUCCAAACGGUGUCAGGAUCGAGUCUACCCUCGCGACGCUCGCAGAAACAUACAAUCGACCAGCCUCUGAAGUCCCCCGUCUUACCCUAUGGGAUCCCUAUUUGAGUCUCUGUGGGAUGUACUCCGAGUGGAACCAGCCGGAGAAGGCUAUUGAGUGUGGCUUGAAAGCCCUGGAAUCGCUGGGCUAUGUGAUUGAUGGUGGGAACUUCCCUCAAGCGCCGAAAUUGACUCUCGUCGUUAAAAGGUGGGGGCUAAUGCUGGACUUGCUUGUGAACUGUUGGAUGCUUCUCGCUCUGGCCUAUAGUCAGGUUGCGCCUGAGCUUGAGGCGAAGGCGGAGGGUUAUGCCAAACUCACAUACAGAAUUUGUGUAGGUGAAGAUGAGACAUUCCAUGAGACUUACGGACGACAUGCAGGUCGACUUGAUGGUUUUCUUGGUGGGGGAGAAUAG